AAUUUCAAUUCAAUUGUCAAAAUAAAAAGCGGUGUUUGAAAGUUUGUAUGUUUUUUUUAAUAUGGAUUUAUAAAGUAAACUAAAAUGAAAGAUCCUAAACAGACACAAACCCCGAUAGAGGAUUUAGCUGAACUGAGAAGUUAUUUUUCCUCACAUAAUGUAGUUAGAGAAUACAUAGCACAUACAUCGAAAGUUCACUCUGUUGGUUGGUCGUGUGAUGGACGAAGACUAGCCUCAGGAUCGUUUGAUAAAAGCGUAGCGAUAUUUAAUUUAGAAAAAAGCAAAUUGGUCCAGGAUUUUGUUUUCAAAGGGCACACAGGGUCAGUAGACCAGUUGUGUUGGCAUGCCUCGCAUGCGGACCUCCUCAGCACAGCCAGUGGAGACAAAUCAGUCAGGAUAUGGGAUACAAGAUCACACAAAUGUGCCGCCAGUAUAUCAACAAAGGGAGAGAAUAUAAACAUAGCAUGGUCUCCCAACGGCAGCACUAUAGCUGUAGGCAAUAAGGAGGAUCUUGUCUCAUUUAUAGAUACACGCACAUACAAAGUAGUAACGGAAGAGCAGUUUAACUUUGAAGUGAAUGAAAUAUCUUGGAAUAAUGAUUCAGACCUGUUCUACCUCACCAAUGGACUGGGCUGUGUACAUAUUAUGACGUAUCCCGGUCUGCAGCUCCAGACGGUACUGAAAGCACACCCAGGCACAUGUAUCUGUAUAGAGCAUGACCCCACCGGCAGAUACUUUGCCACGGGCUCCGCUGAUGCACUUGUCUCCUUGUGGCAUGUGCAGGAGUUGGCCUGUUUGAGAGUCUUCUCUAGGUUAGAAUGGCCUGUGCGUACUUUGUCGUUCAGUUUUGACGGACGUCUGCUCGCCUCCGCCAGCGAGGACCAUGUCAUAGAUAUUGGAGACACCGAGACAGGUGAGAAAGUGGCAGAGAUCCCGGUGCAGGCUGCCACGUUCACGGUGGCAUGGCAUCCCAGCCGCUACCUGGUGGCAUUCGCCUGCGAGGACAAGGAGCCCCCGGAGAGGAAACGAGAUGCAGGAAACCUCAAAUUAUGGGGACUGCCCAAUAACUAGGUAUAGUUAGAUGCAAACUUUACACCGGCUCACAAUUAUGUACUGAGAGUUAUACAGAGGCCAUUUUAAUGGAAGCGGAUGCGGAAGCCCAUAAUAAAAUAUUAUUUGCGAUUUAUUAAAGAAAUAAAAACUAAAACUACAUUCGAAA